AUGGCGCGCGGGCUGCGGCUGCUCGUGCUCUGCUGUGUCCUGGUCGGCGGCGUGAGAGCUCACGCCGAAGAAGACUCUUCCUCCUCCUCCUCUUCGUGGGACAGCAGCGGGCCCUUCGCCGACCUGCGAUUCUCCCAUGAGCCCCAAGACACGGUGACCACACGCGGCGCCGUGCUUCGGCUCGACUGCCAAGCUCACGUUGACCUUCCCUCCUCCUCCUCCUCCUCCUCCUCCACCUCCUCCGCCUCCUACUCCUACUCCCCGGUGGUGGUCAUCUCGUGGCGGAAGGACGGAGUGCCUCUGGCCGGCCUGGUGGACGACCGGCGCCACCAGCUGGCCAACGGGUCCCUGGUGGUGCGGGACGUGGUGCACGCCCGCCACCACCGGCCCGACGAGGGCGGCUACCAGUGCCUGGCCAGCGUGGAGGGACUGGGCACCAUCGCCAGCCGCACCGCGCGCGUGGCCGUCGCCGGUCCUCUGAGACUGUCCCUCGCCCCUCUGGGUUCUGUGAGCGUCCAUCUGGGGGACUCCGCCCUGCUGCUGUGUGAUGUGUUGCCAGGCGAUGACUCCACCCCCGUCCCCCUCCCAGCCCCCGCCCUGGUCUACCGCUGGCAGAGGAACCACCAGGACCUCGUCCCCGCCUCCUCCUCCUCCUCCUCCUCCUCCUCCUCCUCGUCCUGGGCCCCUGGGAGCCGCGUGGUGGUGCUCCCGUCGGGGGCCCUCCAGCUGAGCGGGGUCCAGCCCUCGGACUCCGCCACGUACCGAUGCCUCGCCCACAACGCCGCCGGCGGGCGCACCGGCACCGACGUGGAGCUCCGCCUCCUGCCCGAGCCUGGAGCCCCCAGGGCGCUGCGCUUCCUCCAGCGGCCCACCAGGGCCUCUCCGCUCCUGGGGAGCGACCUGGUGCUGGAGUGCUCCGCCUCCGGGUACCCGCCCGCACACUACCUCUGGAGGAGGGGAGACGAGGUCAUCACCAGCAGCUCUAAGAAGUACUCGCUGCUCGGGGGCAGUAACCUGCUCAUUAGCAGCGUAAGCAACGAUGACUCGGGAUCCUACACCUGCGUGGCUGCCAACAAGAACCACAACGUCUCCGCUUCCUGUGAGCUGUCCGUGCUAGUCCCGCCCCAGUUCCUGAGCUACCCCAGCAGCCGUGUGUCUCUGGAGUCCAGCGACGUGGAGCUGGAGUGCUCCGCCACCGGGACGCCCCCCCCCACCGUCCACUGGCUGAAGAACGGGGAGCGCGUCAUCCCCAGCGACUACUUCCAGAUAGUGGAUGGGAGUAACCUCCAGAUCCUGGGUCUGGUGAGGUCAGACGAGGGUGUGUAUCAGUGUGUGGCGGAGAACACUGCAGGGAGCCAGCAGGCUAUGGCCCACCUCCUGCUGAGAGAACCAGUGGCCCCGGGCCCCGGCGCCCCCCUCCCCUCGGCCCCCCGCCUCCUCUCCCCCCUGCUGGUGUCCAGCCGUGUGGUGCGGCUGGGCUGGAAGGCCCCCGCCCAGCAGGAGGGGGUCCACACCUACGCUGUCUUCUACUCUCAGGAGGGCGUCCCCAGGGAGCGCUGGGUCAACGUGACGGAGGUGGGCAGUCUGGAGGUCAGUGUGUCCAAUCUGAAGCCGGAGCAGAGCUACACCUUCAGGGUGCUGGCCUACAACCAGGCCGGGGCCGGGCCUAGUUCCACCCCCCUCAGAGUCACCACCCAGCCAGACCUCCAAGUGCCCACCCAGGUGGAGGCCCUGAGGGCGGAGCCUCUGUCCUCCACCUCCAUCCAGGUGAGCUGGGCUCCUCCCACCCAGCCCAACGGACCAAUUCUGGCCUAUCGGCUGCUGUGGGCGGAGCUGCCAUCGGGGAAGGAGCAGAGUGUGGAGGUCAGUGGGCGGAGCUUCAAGAUGGAGGGGUUGAAUAAGUAUUCAGAGUAUGCCGUGCGUGUGCUCGCCCUCAACCGCCACGGGGCCGGCGUCUCGGCGGAAACCCUCCGUAUCGCCACGCUAUCUGACGUGCCCAGCGCACCCCCACAGAAUGUGUCGCUAGAGGUGGUCCUGUCCAGGAGUAUCAAGGUGUGCUGGCAGCCCCCUCCCCCAUCUUCACUGAAUGGUCUCAUCACGGCCUAUAAGAUCCGUUACCAUAGGAACGGUCGCCGUGGUGACCAGGAGGCCCUGGAGCCCAACAACUAUUGGUACCAGUUCACAGGUCUGGAGAAAGGGACUCAGUACAGCUUCCAGGUGGCAGCCAUGACGGUUAACGGCACUGGACCAGCCAGCGAGUGGAUUUCUGCAGAGACCCCAGAGACCGACCUGGACGAGAGCCAGGUGCCCAACCAGCCCAGCUCUCUCCACGUGCGGCCCCUACCCAGCAGCAUCAUCAUGUCCUGGACGUCCCCCCUCAGCCCCUCCAUCCUGGUGCGGGGUUACAUCAUCGGCUACGGCGUGGGCAGUCCCUACGCCGAGACGGUCCGCGUGGACAGCAAGCAGAGAUUCUACACCAUCGAGAACCUGGAGCCCAGCUCCCACUACGUCAUCUCUCUGAAGGCCUUCAACAACGCCGGCCAAGGAGUCCCCCUGUACGAGAGCGCUGUCACCAGGUCUCUCUCUGAAUCCUCCUCCUCGCCCAACUCCAUGAUCCCGCCGGUGGGGGUCCAGGCUGCGGCGGUGUCUCCGGACGCCGUCCGCGUGUCCUGGGCCGACAACGCCCUCAGUCGUAACGCCAAGACGGUCGAGGUGCGCUUCUACUCCGUCAAGUGGAAGACCAGCUACUCUUCCAGUGGAAAGUACAAGUCUGCUGAUACCACCGCGUUGACCCACACUGUAACAGGCCUAAAGCCCAACACCAUGUACGACUUUGCAGUCAUGGUAACCAAGGGUCGAAAGUCAAGUACCUGGAGUAUGACGGCACAUGCCACCACCUACGAAGCCGCUCCUAGCUCCGCCCCUAAGGACCUGACGGUGAUCAGCCGCGAGGGGAGACCGAGGGCCGUGCUCAUCAGCUGGCAGCCCCCCCUGGAGGCAAACGGGAGGAUUACAGGCUACACCCUGUACUACACCCUGGACAAGAACACGCCCAUCGAUGAGUGGGUGAUGGAGACCCUGGGUGGAGACCGGCUCACCCACCAGGUUCUGGAGCUCAGCCUGGACUCCAGCUACUACUUCAGGGUCCAGGCCAAGAACACCAAGGGCCUGGGGCCCCUCUCAGAGCCUGUGAACUUCAGGACCGCCAAGGUGGAGCACCCAGAUAAGAUGGCCAAUGAUCAAGGCAGGGGGGGAGACCACGCCUACUGGCCCCCUGAUGGAAACCUGAUUGACCACAGCAGCAUUAAUGGCCCUCCCAUUGGCCAGAUGCGUCCGCCCCAUGGAGGCAGUGCCACGCCCCAACACAACGCCAACAUGCUGGUGGUCGUCGUGGUUUCUGUGGGAGCGGUUGCCAUGGUGAUGGUGGUGGUGGUCGCACUAAUAUGCACCCGCCGCUCCUCCCACCAGCAGCGGAAGAAGCGAGCCACCCACCACAGUGCCGGGGGUAAGAGGAAGGGCAGCCAGAAGGAGCUGCGGCCCCCCGACCUGUGGAUCCACCACGAGGAGAUGGAGAUGAAGGCCCUGGAGAAGGGCAGCGCGGGGGCGGGGCCAGGCUCCCUGGGCGGAGGGGAGGGCGGGGCCUCUGGGUGUGACACACCCCUCCAGCACAUCCAGGACCUCCCACACGUAGCCCACAGCCAAUCAGAGAGCCAGAUUGGGAGCAAGAGCAGCCACUCUGGAGCCGAGGGGGACGACGGCUCCAGCAGUAUCUCUACUCUAGACCGCCCCAUGGGGGCCCGGAGGCCCACCAGAGGGAAGAUGAUCCCCAUGGACGCCCAGCCGGCUAACACCUCGGUGGUGAGUGCCAUCCCAGUCCCCUCUCUGGAGGGUCAGUACCCGGGGUUCUCCCACGGGCAGUACACCCUGAGAUCCAUGCCCCUACCCAGCCUGACCCUGGACAGAGGCUACGGUACAGACCCCGCCCACUCUCUCCUGCAACAACAGGCUCCGCCCCCACACAUCACCGCCCACGCCCCUGGCCCCGCCCAACCCUUGGUCGUCGAGGAAGCCCAGGGCAAUCACGGUGUCACUGUUGCCGCGGGGACCACCCGAGCGAUCCCGACAGCGUGCGUGCGACCGAGCCACCCCCUGCGGAGCUUCGUCAAUUCGGUCCCGCCCCUGCUGCCCCCGCCCAUGGUGGCCAUGUUGGAGCCCAAGGUGUACACGACCAUGACGGGACCGCCCGUGUCCACUAAGACGGCGUCUCUCGGCCAGGCGGGAAAGGCUCGCUCGCCGCUUCUUCCGGUUUCCGUGCCAACAGCACCAGACUUCCUGGAGGAAGGAGGGGGGAGCAAGCAAGUGUGCACAGAAGACGCGGCUAAUGUCUACGAGCAGGACGAUCUCUCGGAGCAGAUGGCUAGCCUGGAGGGCCUCAUGAAACAGCUCAACGCUAUCACAGGGUCCGCAUUCUAGAACCCUCUUGAACCCUUCAGAACCCUUCUAGAACCCUUCUAGAACCCUUCUAGAACCCUUUCCCCUCCCCAACCCAUUAGCCUUAUUCACUCGGCGGCCAUCUUCAGUUCCAAACGACACCGGGUGAUUCCUGAACUGGCGUUUGCUUUGUUGACUGCGUUGCCUGCCUGAACGCACGUCAGAACAAGAAACUUGUAGGAGUAAACGUUCCCUACCCUUAGGCCUUGGCAGAGAGUCAACUAGAAAGCUAGGCCAACUAUUGCCUUGCUUAUCAACGUUUAAAACAAUAUCGUUACU